AAGGCCAUGUUUGGUUGUAUUGGUAGGAUUAUAGUAGGUUGUUACAAUCAUUAGGGCCUAUGAUUUGCUACAGUGUUGAUUAAUUUAGUAAUGUGUUUGCUUGAUAAGGUAAUUACGAUCACUAAAAUAAUAAUAUGUUUGGUAAAUAUACGUUAAUGAUGAUAUUAGCGAAUAAAAUGUCGAGCAUACCCCUGUCUUAUUUCCAAUAUUUCCAAGAAGAAUCUCAUGGAAUCGUUAUUUUUGGUUGGUGAAUAAAUCAGUUUUCAGCAAGAUAUUAGUAAGCAAGGGAGAAUGAAAAUUUUCAAAACAAACACUAAUCUCUCCCUAAACCUUUCGUAAUGGAGGGAAAAUUUCCGCCAAAAAUUUCACGGAAUCGCUAUAAAUACCAAAUCUCUGUGCUCGAUAAAUCACUCGGAGUAGACGCUAGGGAUUAUCAUCAGGGAAUUUUCGAAGAGAGCCACUGUCGUCCAUUGUUCUAGGGUUUGGCUGCCAUGGCUUCAUGCAAUCAAGGUGUUGAGUCAGGGAGUAGUGAGGGUCGUCGCAAUAAAAGGGAAAGGUCUGACAAGACUCGACGAUCGUGGUCGGCGAAGGAAGAGGCUGUAUUGCUGGCUGCUCUUAAGGAAUUAGUGGCUCAAGGAUGGAAGUUCGACAAUGGCUUCCGUGCAGGUUUUCUUACCAAACUCGAGGAUGCUCUGAAGAAGGAGGUUCCCGGCACCGAUUUGAAGGCCUCUCCUCACAUUAACUCAAAAAUUGGGACUUGGAAGAAGAACUAUUAUUCCUUGUCUGCAAUGCUAACACGUAGUGGGAUUGGCUUCAGUGCAAAUGGAGACCAUAUGAUUGAUUGCAAUAAUGAUCAAUGGGAACAAAUAGUCAAGUGUGACAGCAAUGCGCGUCUUAUGCGUUAUAAAAGCUGGCCUUUGUUUGACGAUUGGAAGGAGAUUUUUGGGAAAGACAGAGCCACUGGAGAGAAAGUUGAGGACUUUAUGGAGGUAGUUAACAAGAUGGUUGGGAGCGACAACAUAAUGCAUGAAGAGAACGCUGGAGACGAUGGACCACAUUACCAAUUUGAUGAGGAGAAUGAGACUGAUGCGGCAGAGGACAGCGUCUGCCAGAGCAGUGGAGGUGCUAACGGGAGGUCUGCAAAGAAGAAGCGUAGAGGAGAUGAAGUAAUGGAUGGGUUCUACGAGCUGCUAGUGGAACUCGGCAGAAAUAGUGACAAGAGGCUGGAGGCAAUUGCCGCUCGCAUAGGCUACGAGUUCGAUUUAAGCAAAGCACGGACUGAAGUGUACCAUACUGUGAACACACUUCCAGGCGUGACAAGGAGUGACAAAUUCGAAGUCUGUGAAAUACUUUGUGACAAGGUGGAGCGACUGGAGCUUUUUUUUAGUCUCCCGAUGGAAGCAAGGGUUGAUUAUUUGAUGCGCGUUCUUGAAACUCGUGGGAAGUGAAUGGCAGGCUGCUGGGAAUUAUGUUUUACUUUGUUUUAAGAAUAAACCUUAUGAUGACUUCAAUACCUCAAACACUAUUUUGAUUUUGUUUGUGUGAGGUUUGUUGUCAUAUAAUAAUUUGCAGUUAUGUUUGAACCUUGGUAUUUUGAGUAUUUAUGCAAUAUUUAUGUUAGUAAUCUUUUGAUGA